AUGUCAAACGAUCGCACUUUUUCGAUGAAUCGAUCAUUGUUGUGUGAAGUACCAUCAGAAUUACGACCGAUAUCUGAUACCAUUUGUCGAACAUUUAAUCGAGAAGACUGCUCUCGUUUACCUUGUGAAAUGAUUUAUUCAUCAGAAGUUACAGUAGAAGAUGUCAAGUGUCGAAAAGGUGGUCGAGUUUUUAAUCAAAAAAAUGCUGAUUCAUUGGUUCAACAGCAGUCAGAUCUUCUCUGUAAACGAAGUUUUUCCUUGGAUUUAUUUUUGAAAAAAGAUAAUGAUUUUUCCUACCCAUCGAUCAUUGCUGAAGCUGUUACUCCAUUAAGCGAUGAACUAUACGUUGAUGUAUUAAACAGUAAAUUUCGUAGUUGUGACAGUAUGUGGGGGUUUACAUUUAAUUUUGAAUCAAUUAGUUAUUAUCCAUGGGCUGCCGAUCAUAAAAAGCUAAAACUGUUCGAUAUAACUUUUGGUUAUGAUCGAUCACUGUACGACCUGAUUCCAGCUCCUUGGCUUUUUAACUAUGUUGACAGCUUCAAAUUUACGCCCAAAAGAAUGUCAGUGCAAAAAGCAAUUCAAAGUAAAAUUCGAAUUCAUUCGGCCACAGCUUCAGAUAUUUAUUGGCCCAACAUGCCAGAGGUACACACCACACGAAAAGAUGAUAACAACAAUACGCCGUACGUAACAGCAGCAAUCCUAUGGAUGAACAGUAAUUGUAAAACGUUAUCAGACCGUACGGAAUAUAUGCUUGAAUUAAUGAAAUAUAUCGAUGUUGAUAAUUAUGGUAGUUGUGGCCAGAACAUCCGCAGUUUACCGAAACAUAUUGUUAAAAUUCAAGAUUCGGAAGGACGAAAUUUAAAAGAUCGGGAUUCGUAUAAUUGGGAAGCAGGAAAAUUGGCAUUGUCCAGUGAAUAUUUGUUCACCGUAGCUAUUGAGAAUAGUCUAAAUCAUGAUUACAUAACAGAAAAAUUAUGGCAUCCAUUAGUAGCCGGGAGUGUACCAAUUUAUCUUGGCGCCCCAAAUGUUGCCGAUUGGUUGCCAUGCGAAAACUGUAUUAUUGAUCUCAGGAAAUUUAAAACGCCAAAAGAUGCUGCUUUACAUCUAAAAGCAGUUGCAAUGAAUAGAACACUCUAUGAAACCUAUCAUCAGUGGCGAAAUAAACCCGUAACUAAAAAAUUUCAGACUAUGCUCGAUUAUUUCCAAGCAGUUAAUGAUUAUUCACUUGACUGUAUUCUAUGCGAUAUGUCCAACCGUGUUAGUCAAGGAGAAAGUUCGACGGACAUCAAAAGAAAACUUAUGAAAACAAUCGGCCGUUUUUAA